GAAAUACUCCUUGCCACUGUCUUCCCGCCCGCCAUGAAGGUCUUUUCCAUCUCCCUCCUCGCCGUCGCACAGACCGCCCCCCCCACCGCCACCCUCCUCGGCACCGCCCAGGACCUCUCCUCCUUUACCUUCUACCAGCGCAGCAGCGUCGGCGAGUUCCUCACGUUCUUCACAAAGACCGUCGCCGAGAGGACGCCUGCGAACCAGCCGUCGUCCGUCGAGGAGAACAACCACAAGGCCCAUGUCUUUGUCACCGCCGGCCGCACCCCCGGCGGCCCUGGCCUUGCCGCCGUCAUGAUCACCGACCUCGAGUACCCGCUCCGGCCCGCAUUCUCCCUCCUCACCAAGAUCCUCGACGAGCACACCGCCCUCCUCGCCAGUCUCCCCAACCAGUCCGCCGCCCCCUCGUUCGGCUCCGCCUCCGCCAAUGCGUUCGGCGGCAACCCCUCCCAGGCCGCUGCCGGCGGCCUGCCCCCCGCCCAGAAGGGCAAGCUCGAGGGCACCCUCGCAAACUAUCUCACAAAGUACCAGGAUCCCAAGCAGGCGGACACGAUCAUGAAGGUGCAGAAAGAGCUGGACGAGACCAAGGUCGUUUUGCACAAGACGAUUGAGUCGGUUCUUGAACGAGGCGAAAAGCUCGACAAUCUCGUGGAACGUUCAAACGCCCUCUCGGCGCAAAGCAAAAUGUUCUACAAGACUGCCAAGAAGCAAAACUCUUGCUGCGUGGUGAUGUAACUAGAAGGAUGGUAUAUUUCCGUAGUCGUUGGCGUUGUGAUUUCAUGUAGCACCGUACCCAGCGAAUCAAGUCC